AUGUGUGUUGGCGCCUGUGUGUUGGCGCCUGUGUGUUGGCGCCUGUGUGUUGGCGCCUGUGUGUUGGCGCCUGUGUGUUGGCGCCUGUGUGUUGGCGCCUGUGUGUUGGCGCCUGUGUGUUGGCGCCUGUGUGUUGGCGUGUGUGCUGACCCGGGUCUGGCUGUUGUGCAGGAGAUCACCCGGAAGGUGUACCGAGGGCUGUUGGACCUCCUGAAGUGCUGUGUGUCGAGUCUCGAGCACUGCUACAGCCACUCGGCCCCCGGGGGCCUGGGCAGUGCCCUCACCCUCAUGGAGAUCGCCCACACACACUACUAUACCAAAGACUCUGACAAGAGGAAGCCGAGUCCAACAGAGGGAGGACCUGGGGGCAGAAAUGAGACCUCGACAGCAAAGAGAGACCCUCGGCCCUCUGGAGUGCCGCUCAGCCACCUGCUGCCACCACCACCGGCCCCUGUCAGGAAUGGGGUGGGCGAGUAUGACAGCCGGAGUCUGAAUGAAGAAAACUUUAUAGCCUCCAUCGGUGUGUACUGCGCUUGAGCUGCUAACAGUGCA